AUGAAGGUUACUUCAGUUAUCACGUUUUUCUUUCUUCUGGCCUCUAGCCAGGCCACCGAAGCGUACUGGGGUUCUGGGGAAUGCUACUCCAGCCCAGGUAGAUCGCCUAAUAAGUGUAAUGAUUACCAGCACAAGGGCUUCAGCUGGACUGACCUUGCUCCUGGCUCAUUCUCCGACUAUGGCGGUUUCUCCUUCUCUGGUUUUACUUGCGGCAAUGGUUUUGGUUCCAGUCUUGGCAAGCGUGGCACCCAGAAAUGCAUUUCCGGUACCGUCUCCAAAGGUAGCUCUGACUCCCAGAGCUCUGGUUCUUCGGCUCCAUCGUUCACCUCCGGCACGGAUGAGACCGGCUUCUCUGUGACCAAUUUCCAUAUUGCCACUGAGAAGGAUACCGAAUUGCACAUUAUCUACACCAUGCCCGAUGGAUCGAUAUGCAAGAACACCGCUUCCUGUAACUCAGCUGGUACUGUGGUCAACAACGACCAGUGCGGUGGUGCCAAGUCUGUUCAUUUCGAGCUGCCUGCUGAAAGUAAACAUGAGAGCUGUGGUUUCGGUAUCUACAGCGUUGGCUUUGACUGCACUCCCGGUUCGACAACCACUGCGCCUGUGCCUGCCAUUACUGCUACUGUCGCCCCUGUUACCAGAGUUCCAUAUCAGUCUGUGCCUGCUGGCUCCAGCUCUAUCGAUGUGCCUUCGCUCCCUAGCUCAACUGCCGUGCCUUCCCUCUCUACCUCGAGUUCAUCUGUGCCUGCUGACUCCAGCUCUACCGCUGUGUCUUCACUCUCUGUCACCAGCUCUACGGUUGCGCCUACGCUUUCAGUCUCAGGAACUUCUAUUGUUCCAGUCACCACCCCGCCGGCCAGUACAUAUGGGUCUGCUAGCUCCAGCUCUAUCGUUGUACCUACGCUCUCUGUACCAGGCUCUUCUGUUGUUCCAGUCACCAGCACACCUCUUCGGAUGACUACAUCGACUGUCUUCACAACCAGUUUGAUCACUGUCACUAGCUGUGCUCCGACUGUCACUGAUUGCCCUGCUGGAUCAGGCUCAACCACUGUGAUAACCUCCACCAUCGCUCUUUCCACCACGGUUUGCCCCGUCACUGAGACUACUCCUGCCGCUACAGCCUCGUCAUCUGAGCCUGCCGUACCUAAUCCCAGCGGUGUUCUCCCUGGAAGCUCAUCAGCUGGUGUUCCUCCUUCUAGUGAUUCAUCCACCUCUCCGAUUCCGGCGUCUUCUUCUGUUUCGUCUACCACUAGCGAGACCCCCGCUGGAACUGGAACCCCCACCGCAUCAACCCCAUUGGUUCCUUCUGUUUCUUCCAUUACGGGCGGGCCUUCAACCCCCGCGAUUACCACUCCCGUUAGGAUGACUACCUCAACGGUUUACUCCACCAGCGAGAUCACCAUCACUAGCUGUGCUCCCGAGGUUGUGAGCUGUCCAGCAGACUCGACCGUUGUAGUGACUUCUACCGUCGCUGUCUCAACGACUGUGUGUCCCGUCACUGAGACUACUCCUGCCGCUACAGCCUCGUCAUCUGAGCCUGCUGUACCUAGUCCCAGCGGUGUUCUCCCUGGAAGCUCAUCAGCUGGUGUUCCUCCUGCUAGUAGCACAUUGACAUCGUCGAUUCCGGCUUCUGUUUCCUCCACCACGAGCGAGACUCCUGCUGGAACUGGAACCCCUACUGCAUCAACCCCAUUGAUUCCUUCCGUUUCCUCCGCUGCGGGCGGGCCAUCAACCCCAGCGAUUACCACUCCUGUCAGGAUGACUACCUCAACGGUGUACUCCACCAGCGAGAUAACCAUCACUAGCUGUGCUCCCGAGGUUGUGAGCUGUCCAGCAGACUCGACCGUUGUAGUGACUUCGACUAUUGCUGUCUCGACAACUGUGUGUCCCGUCACUGAGACUACAGCUGUUGUCACCUCAUCUGUGCCUGCUAUACCUAGCCCCAGCGGUGUUCUCCCUGGAAGCUCAUCAGCUGGUGUUCCUCCUGCCAGUGGCACAUUGACAUCGUCGAUUCCGGCUUCUGUUUCCUCCACUACGAGCGAGACUCCUGUUGGAACUGAAAUCCCUACUGCAUCAACUCCAUUGAUUCCUUCCGUUUCCUCCACUGCGGGCGGGCCUUCAACCCCAGCGAUUACCACUCCUGUCAGGAUGACUACCUCAACGGUGUAUUCUACCAGCGAGAUCACCAUCACCAGCUGUGCUCCCGAGGUUGUGAGCUGUCCAGCAGACUCGACCGUUGUAGUGACUUCGACUAUUGCUGUCUCGACGACUGUGUGUCCCGUCACCGAGACUACUGCUCUUAUCACCACAUCUCUGCCUGCAGGCCCAGGCCCAAGCAGCGUCUUGCCCGUUAGCUCCCCUGCUGGAUCAACUCCUCCUAGUGACACUACAGCUACUUCUACGUUGACCGAAGCACCUCCCCCCAGUGACACUACAGCUACUUCUACGUUGACCGAAGCACCUCCUCCAAGUGACACUACAGCUACUUCUACGUUGACCGAAGCACCUCCCCCCAGUGACACUACAGCUACUUCUACGUUGACCGAAGCACCUCCCCCCAGUGACACUACAGCUACUUCUACGUUGACCGAAGCACCUCCCCCCAGUGACACUACAGCUACUUCUACGUUGACCGAAGCAUCUCCUCCCGCUGGCACUCCAACUGGUCCUACGUCGGCUGGGACCUCCUCGUCGCCCGGCGUGACCUCGGUUCUCUCGUCCCCUACACCUUCAUCUCCAGCUGGAACUCCCCCCGCCCCUAGCGAUGUCACUACCACUGUCGUUACGUACGAGACUGUGACUACUUGCCCGGUGACUAACACUAUCACCUCCGGUUCUUCUACUUUCGUGACUACCUCGAGCACCAUUUCGACUGUUACCAUGACUACUGUCUCUACGAUCUGCACUCGGUGCUCCGCUACCGCGACCUCCGUUGCUGGUCAGAGCACUAUUGCUCCGUCUGGUACUGGUACUCCCGUGGCUUCGAGCACAGUCGGUCCUAGCACUGCGCCAUCUGGUAUCCCCGAGGCCUCGAGCCCGGCCCCAUCUGGGACUUCCGAAGGAGCAAGCCCGGUCUCUUCAUCUGCAGAGGCCUCCAGUCCCCUUCCUAGCGGUCCCGCUAUCAUUAGCUCGAUCCCCUCCAGCGUGGGUGCUGGGACCACACCUGCCAUUCCUCAAGGGUCGACUGCCACGGUUAUAACUUAUGUAACUGAGACUACUUGUCCUGUGACUGCCACUAUCACUUCUGGAUCGUCGACUUUCGUCACGACAUCCAGCACGGUUUCAACUGUUACCUUGACCUCGACCUCCACUCCCUACCUUCCCAGCUCUGUCGCUGCCGGAAGCACUCCCGCUCCCUCUGAAACAGAUAUCGCCACCACCACUGCUCCUACGGGCCCCACUGUCACCAGUAUCGUGCCAUCUAGCGUUGGUGUCACCUCUACACCAACUAUCCCCGAGGGUGCCACUACCACAGUUGUGACUUAUGUGACCGAGACCACCUGUCCCGUGACCAACACCGUCACUUCGGGUUCUUCUACCUUCGUCACCACAUCCAACACAGUUUCCACAGUGACCCUCACCUCCGUCUCAACCAUCUGUACCCAGUGUUCCACUACUGUCACUACCGCCACUGCUGGCACCGAGACUCAUUCUCACUCUACGGCUAGCAACACCCCGGCAGUCCCCACCGGUGUUUCCCCGGGAUCGAGCCCAGCUCCCCCAGCUCCCUCAGCUCCCUGCCCCAACACCGUCCCCCAGUGCAUCAACACCUGGCUCACCCUCGCUCCUAAGUGCACAUCUAACAGCGAUGCCUCAUGCUUCUGUCCCAACAGCGAAUUCACCGGCAAAGUCAUCUCCUGCAUCCAAGCCUGGGGCGCCUCCAAGGAAGAGAUCCAGUCUGCUCUCUCCUACUUCACGGGUAUCUGCGCCACCUGGGUCCCCCAGAACCCAGGCAUCGUAACUGCCAUCCCCUCAACAAUCACCCUGAUCCCGACAGUUGCUCCUCCCGCUCCAACAUCCAGUGUCGCUGGCGCCAGUGUCACCGCCAGCGCCGUCGUCCCUAUCACCUCCGUCCCCUCUCUCCCUUGCACAACAAUCACCUACUCGACCUACACCGUCACCGUCCCACAGGUCAGCUUUGUCACAAACACUGGAUCGAGCUCUGGCGCCGUCCCAACCGUCGGGCUGGUCCCAGCUGGUCCCAGCGGCGCUUCCCCAGCACAUACCAGCCAUAUUCCCGCUCGUGCAUCAGCGUCCUGGAUGACCUCGGGCGGGUACGCGUACGCCAGUCGAAGCCCCUCACCCAGUGCAUCACCAGUCUUCAACUCAGCCUCGAGUCUGUCGGUCGCAUCCAGUCUUGUUCUGGCUUCUCUCGCUGCUUUCUUCAGCUUGAUCAUGUAA